AUGGAUUCUGAUAGCGAUCUGGAAGUUGAGCAACCCGGUAACGAUCAGCCUGACCUUGACUUUCGGAUGGAAACGGCUCGAACACACCCCAUUCCUCAGCUACGCUUUUUUCUGGAAUUGAUUUACACCGCCGCUGAGACACAUCCUUGGCUGACUAGCUACAAAGGUUUCUACUGCGUCAAGAACGAUGAUGGCGUUCUCCAGCUUGUCCGAUUUCGGCUUGGAGCUCUUCAUCCCUAUACGAUGGACGUCGUAAUUGGUAGCGACGAGUUUAAUGACCUGGACGGACGACUUUGCACCCGCAUCGCCGAGCAAGAAAAUUUCCAUCUUACUGUCGUCGACUCCGCGGUUCUCCUUGUUGAUCGAACUCCACGCCGCCGAUCCCGCCUGCGACGACAGGGCUUCGAACUGGCCGUUUCUAUCCAAACUGGUUACCCUGUUUUCAUGCUUGUUUCAUUCUACUCAGUUGAGAUUCAAUAG